UCUAGCUCGCUCCGCCAUGUCCUCAUCGUCUUCUUCCUCCCUUCCUGUCCCAGCCGACUGGCUGCUACCUUUGAUGGGAUGCCCCCUCUGCGGCGACGAGGUCGUGACUGCCGUCGCGAGGACUGGUAACCAGGCUGGUCAUCGCUUCUACAAGUGCAUUCGCCAUGACGCUCGUCAGUGUCGUUUCUUUGAGUUCCAGCGCGCGUACUGCAGGAGGAUGACCCACGAGCAGAUCCUUGGCAUCCAGCCGGUCAUGGAUUUGCGGUCCAGCACGGCAACGGGGCUGCCCAGAUCGUUCCCGCUGCCAUACAGCCCCAAGCCCAGCAGCACAUCCAGGCUCCAGUGCAGCCGCCUCCGCCGCCGGCGAACCACUCCAUUGCUGAUGCAUUCAGGCCCGUUGUAGCUGCCGCCGCCUCACCUGGAGCACAAGGCCUGGCUGCAGUAGCUGUCCUGAUGGCCGCUAUCAACAUCAUGCUCACUGUCCUUGUGCUGAUGGUCGUGCUCGCAAUGUACUUUGCUUAAGGAAAUUAGGGACAUCGUUUCAAGCAGACGCAGUAGAGUGUGUAGUUUAGUCAGGGUCAGUUAAUUGCUAGCAAGGGUGGCUCCCUGUACCUCUAAGCCUGUUUCCCCCUAUCAUGCCGGCCAAAAACUAAGCACCCCGCGCGCCAAUCGGGUGAUCCCCAUGUAAUGUGUUAAC